AUGGCCGACAAGAUGAGUCCUUUCAGCACGGUAUGCCCAAAAGACCCGGUGACCGCUACUUUGCUAGUUGGUCAAACCCCACAGAAAAUUAUUACUUCACAGAGCACAGCAGUCGAAGAUCUCCUUCAUCGAUGCCACUUCAACUGGGCAGAUGAAGUUGAGGACUCCAUCGCCAAGGCAGAUGUAGCGACAGGAGUCUACCCUAUCACCAACAUGUCUACGCCUGAUAUUCGAUGCUACUUUCCUCGAAUGGCGAAGCCCACCGAGGCUGUUUGGCCACAACCAUAUACACCCAGAGCUUCGCGCUUUCAGCCAAGCCUCCCUACCUUGGAAGAAGAAUCUGACGAAGAUCUAGAUGAACAAGAAAAUCCCAAAUCUAUUUCCUGGUCUCUUCCUGUUGAAGACUUUGGUCACCCCAUGCGACGCGUGCAUUCUAAUUCGCAAGAUUAUGCUCGCCGCCGCGGAGCAAUCAGUCCAAGGUUCAACCGGCCUCUCUCUAAAAUCUUUGAGGAAGAUGAAGACGAAGACGAAGAUGAAAAUGACCACACGGGUUUCUACCAACAUACCACAUCCGAGGAUGAAGAGGCGUCACAUUCUAGCGACGAUGAGCCAUUUCCCGAUGAAGAAACUGACACUGAAUCGGUUGUCUCUGGCGAUGAUGAGUACGAUGCCGCGGUUCAGCAAUGCUUUGAUGAUAUAUACGAUGACAGAUACGGUCGUAUUGCAGCCGAUAACAGCAUCCAUCACUUCAGCUGGGCCGGGUAUCCAGUCACCCACCGCAGUACAACAUCACCCUCAGACUCCCUAGCUCUUAUAAUGUCAGAUCCAAAAGUCCCGAGGGGAUCGAACAAAUAUCGGGGUCAAGCAAUGCUCAACAAUGCUUUCCCAUUGGUAGAUCCUGUGAUUGUAUUUAUGGACGGCAUUGACGAUAGCAUGUUCGAACUCCGGGGAUCAAAGCUCGCCAAUGCCUCAGCCGGACGCGCCUAUAAGUUUUACUCACCCCAUGGACUCUGGCUGGAUGAUUCUAACGAGCACAGUGAUGUCAGAUAUGACAGCGGCUGUUUGGACACCUAUGAGUCCGGCAAGGCAGUGGUUGGAAACGGGUUUUAUGGCGAAGGUGCCAUACGCCCUAUCUCUCAAUGGAUAGGCAAGCGACAAGAAAUCUUUGAGGCGUCGGAUAAAUCCCAUUGUCUGCCUCGCAAGAGCACUUGGAAGCCCAAACCCUCACCGCUGAGUCAAUGUGAGACAUUAACCCCUGUGAAAUUGCCGUCUCAAAAGAAUGCGCUGCUAGAAUCACCAUUCGUGAUCCAGUGUGAUGCCCUUAGGUCAACUGUGAUGCCUCGCCAAACCAGCUGGCGACUAGAGGCUUCCUAUAUAAAUCGGUGUGACAUGAUCACACCGAUAGAGCCUCAAUGCACAACAGACUGGCCCACUCAGCCGUCACCAUUAGCUCAACACAAUACCGCUGGACCAGCGAAGCCUCGCGGUAACAAGGCUUUGCAGCCCAUUUCAUCCAGCUCCUCUCAGCGUGAGUCGGAUUUGGUCGUGGAAACCCCACAGAAGCGACUAACCAAGCCUCAAAAGAAAGCCCGGAAAUCGCGCACUACGAUUCCACGCUCCCAGGCUACGACUGCAUGCAAUGAUACACAUCAUGAAUACUUCUCCUUUCCCACUCCAGUCUUCCGUCGCUCGAGAACGAGACAAGUAGGCAAGGCAGUGAUGACCGUUCUUAGGAAAGGAGUUGUUUAUUUGCAUAACAUUGCGAAGAAGCCCGGAGUAGCUCGUGGUGCCUAUUAA